AUGAACGGCAGCAUAUCACAAGCUUGCUCUGCUUGUAAAUACCAACGCAGGAAGUGUGGACCCGACUGCAUUCUCGCACCAUAUUUUCCUCACGAUCACCAAAGGCAAUUUUUGAACGCACAUAAAUUAUUUGGUGUUGGCAAAAUUAAGAACAUCAUCGAGCCACUCGACACUAAGGACAGAGACAUAGCCAUGAAUACCAUCAUUUUCCAAUCUGACAUCCGCGCCACUGACCCUGUCGGAGGUUGUUACAGGCACAUACAACACCUUCAGUCUCAAAUUGAAUACUAUAAGGCUGAGCUUCAGCUUGUCCUUCAACACCUUGAUUUUUGCAGAGCACAGGCUCAUCCUCAACCGGCACAGAUUCAAGAUGUUGUUUAUCAUUCAACUGCUAAUGCAGAUCAAUCAGUUAAUUUGAAUGCUGCUACUUCUGGUCACCAUUACUACUUUCCACAAGUGCCAUUACAUUCACAAGUGCAGUUACCAUUGUCGCCCUUGUCAUUAGAGGACAAGAACAAAGAUUGCUUUGACUAUGGCUAUGAUCAAAAGCCUAUUCUUGACUUGAUCAGAGAAAUGAAUUCAGACGACAGUAGAAAACUUUAA